CAUGCUACAAAGUAACAUGAAAUAUUCUCUGAAUUAAAUGUUAUUAAUAUGCUAAAAUAUCAGAAACUACCUUGUAUAUACCUUAAAAUUUACUUAAAAUGUUCUUUUUAAAAUAAAAUAAAUGAUGUCAUUAAUUUUUAAAGUUUCAAUUUAACUCAAAUAUUCUCUUUAGUAAUAGAGAAUAUUACACUUAGAGUAAAAAUGGAGAAUUGGCAAUUGAUAUUUCUUUUGUUGAUAAUAACCUGCUUAGUAUUUAAUAAAGGGAUUGAAAAUAGAUAUUCAGAACAUACAAUCAUAUGCCCGUUUGAAAGAGGUACGACGAAAAAAGCUGCUGCAAGUGGUGACAUAGAAACAUUAAAACUAGCUCACGAAAGAGGAUGUGAAUGGGAUAAAUAUACAACUACUGAAGCUGCUGCAAAUGGACAUUUCAAUUGUUUAAAAUAUGCACAUGAAAAUGGAUGUCCAUGGGAUAAAAGCACAGCAGAAGCAGCUGCAAAAUAUGGUAAUUUAGAAAACUUAAAAUAUGUUCAUAAAAAUGGAUGUAAAUGGGAUAAAUACACAACAAGAGCUGCCGCUGCCAAUGGAAAUUUAGAAUGCUUAAAAUAUGCUCAUAAAAAUGGCUGUAGAUGGGAUAAAAAAACAACACGAGCUGCCGCUGCAAAUGGGCAUUUAGAAUGCUUAAUAUAUGCUCAUAAAAAUAAAUGUAAAUGGAAUCAAAAAACAACAAGAGACGCUGCUGAAAAUGGAUUUUUUGAAUGUUUAAAAUAUGCUCAUGAAAAUGGAUGUCCGUGGGAUGACAGCACAGCAGAAGCAGCUGCAAAAUAUGGUAAUUUAGAAAACUUAAAAUAUGUUCAUAAAAAUGGAUGUACUUGGAAUAAAAAUACAACAAAAGCUGCUGCUGCAAGUGGAAAUUUAGAAUGCUUAAAAUACGCUCAUGAAAAUGGAUGUGGAUGGAAUGAAACAACAACCAAAGAAGCUGCAAAAAGUGGUAGUUUGGAAUGUUUAGUAUAUGCUCAUGAAAAUGGAUGUAAAUGGAAUGAAACAACAACAAGAGAAGCUGCAAAAAAUGGUAGUUUGGAAUGUUUAGUAUAUGCUCACCAAAAUGAAUGUAAAUGGGAUGUAAGCACAACUACUGGUGCUGCCAUGAGUGGUAAUUUAGAAAUUUUAAAAUACGCACAUAAAAAUGGAUGUCCAUGGGAUGAAAGCACAACAGAAGCUGCUGCUGCAAAUGGACAUUUAGAAUGCCUAAAAUAUGCUCAUGAAAAUGGAUGUAAAUGGAAUGAAUAUACAACUAGAGGUGCUGCAGCAAGUGGCUGUUUAGAUUGCUUAAAAUAUGCUCAUAAAAAAGGAUGUAAAUGGGAUGUAGAUACAACAACAGCUUCUGCAGCAAGUGGUUGUUUAGAUUGUUUAAAAUAUGCUCAUAAGAAUGGAUGCCAGUGGGAUGUGGGCACAACUAUUGGUGCUGCAAUGAGUGGUAAUUUAGAAAUUUUAAAAUAUGCACACGAGAAUAAAUGUCCAUGGAAUGAAAGCACAGCCGAAGCAGCGGCAAAAUGUGGUAAUUUAGAAAUAUUAAAAUAUGUUCAUGUAAAUGGGUGUAGAUGGGAUAAAAAAACAACAAGAGCUGCUGCUACAAAUGGUCAUUUAGAUUGCUUAAAAUAUGCAUAUGAAAAUAAAUGCGAAUUGGAUGAAAAAAUAACGGAAUUAGCUGCUUAUAACGGUGAUUUAGAUAUUUUAAAAUAUGCUUAUGAAAUUGGAUGUGCGUGGUCAGAAGGUACAAUUAGUUCUGCUGCUUACAAAGGCCAUUUAGAUUGUUUAAUAUAUGCCCAUAAGAAUGGAUGCCAAUGGGAUGAUGAAACAACUAAAGAUGCUGCGGAAAGUGGCUGUUUAGAGUGUUUAAAGUAUGCUCAUGAAAAUGGAUGCCAUUGGAAAGAAGGUACAACAGAAGCAGCUGCUCUUUAUGGUAAUUUAGAUUGCUUAAUAUAUGCUCACGAAAAUAGAUGUAAAUGGAGUGAUUUAACUACUGAAUUCGCUGCAAGUACCGACAAUUUAGAAUGCUUAAUUUAUGCUCAUGAAAAUGGCUGUCAUUGGGAUGAAGACACAACAAAAGCUGCUGCAGCCAAUGGCUUUUUAGACUGCUUAAAAUAUGCUCAUGAAAAUGAAUGUCCAUGGAACGAAACAAUAACAAAUGCUGCUGCUGAAUAUGGAAAUAUAGAAUGCUUAAAAUAUGCCUAUGAAAAUGAAUGUCCGUGGAACGAUACAAUUAUAAAAGUUGCUGCUGAAAAUGGAAAUUUAGAAUGCUUAAAAUAUGUUCAUGAAAAUGGAUGUAAAUGGGAUGAAGGUAUAACUAGAGUUGCAGCUUUAAAAGGUCAUUUAGAUUGUUUAAUAUAUGCCCAUAUAAAUGGAUGCCAAUGGGAUGAUGGCACAACUAUAGCUGCAGCUUUAAAUGGUAAUUUUGAUUGUUUAAUAUAUGCUCACAAGAAUGGAUGUUAUUGGGAUAUUGGAACAACGAGAGCUGCUGCAGCAUAUGGUUGUUUCGAUUGUUUAAAAUAUGCUCAUGAAAAUGGAUGUUAUUGGGAUGUAGAUACAAUAGUCACAGCUGCUGUUUAUGGUAAUUUAAAUUGCUUAAAAUAUGCUUAUGAACAAGGAUAUGGUUGGGAAAGAGGUAUUACGAGAGGGGCUGCUGCAAAUGAACAUUUAGACUGCUUGAAAUAUGCUCAUGAAAAUGGUUGUGAAUGGGAUGAAGGCACAACAAGGGAAGCUGCUGCAAUUGGUUGUAUUGACUGUUUGAUAUAUGCUCAUGAAAAUGGAUGUGUAUGGGAUGUAGGGACAAAGAGUGCAGCUGCUGCAAAUGGGCAUAUAGACUGCCUAAAAUAUGCUCAUGAAAAUGGAUGUGAAUGGGACGAAAGUACUACAAGACUUGCUGCUGCAAAUAAUCAAAUAAGUUGUAUAAUAUACGCAUAUGAAAAUAAAUGCCCGUGGAGUAGAAAUACCAUUUAUGAAGCUGUUCAAAAUUAUUGUUUUAAUAUAAUAAUGUAUGCUACUGCACAUGGCUGUCUUACUUAGUUAGUUGACUUUUUAAAUAAUUUAUUUUUUAUAAAUAUGUCUAAUUAUAUUAUAUUUAUAAUAAUUGCUAUUGGA